AUGGAGAAUCAGAUAAGCCAACUGGCCAACCAAUUUAACCAAGAUUUAAAGACUCCAGGAACCUUCCCGGGCCAGACAGAACAACCUCAAAGAGCCCAAAUGAAUUUUGUAGCCCUGAGGAGUGGAAGGCAGUUGGACGAUCCUCCUACCAUGGAGCCAUCAAGGGAGGUCAAUGAAGAAGAGGCAAGUGAGAAGGAAGUAGAAGAUGCUAGGGUUGAGGAGGCAUCAAAGGAACCACCACCAAAGCCACUUGCUCCAUAUGUGCCCAAGAUUCCUUUUCCUCAAAGGUUAGCACAAGCUAAACUUGAGAAAAAGUUCAGUACGUUCCUCGAUAUUCUUAAAAAGCUUCAUAUUAAUAUUCCAUUCCUAGAUGCCAUAUCUGAGAUGCCUUCUUAUGUAAAAUUUUUAAAAGAUAUGCUAUCUAACAAGAGAAAAUUAGAAGAUAAUACUACUGUUGCUUUGAAUGCAGAGUGUAGUGCUAUUUUACAGAACACUCUCCCUAAGAAAUUAGGAGAUCCAGGUAGCUAUUCAAUUCCAGUGAAGCCUGGAGAUAUUGAGAUCAAUAGGGCACUAUGCGAUCUAGGUGCAAACAGGUCAGUGAAGUUUCCUUUGGGUGUACUUGAGGAUGUACCCCUCAGAGUAGGUAAGUUUUUCAUUCCAUGUGAUUUUGUUGUGAUGGAGAUGGAAGAAUAUGUGAAUGUUCCGAUCAUACUUGGUAGACUUUUCCUAGCUACUGCAGGUGCAAUCAUAGACAUGAAGAAAGGUAAGAUCACUUUUGAAGUAGGUGAUGAAAAGUUGGAAUACUCACUUUUGAAUGUCAUGGAUGCUCCCUCUACGGGAGACACUAUUUAUCAGAUAAGCCAACUUUCGCAACAGGUGAACCGCCUAUCGACUCUUCAAGAUCAAGCGAAGGUUUAG